AUGGCGGACAAGUCGGCGUACAUGGGUGCUGGUGGCUAUGGAUCCGGAUACAUGGGAUCCAACGCCUCAUCGUCGGGAUAUGCCCGCGAAGAUUAUGCACAAGGAGGAAAUGGAGGCGGACAACAACAAAACCAGGGAAACGGAGGAAACACCAACCCAGGAGGACAGGUCUUCAAGGCCCGUACCGAUCAAUCGUGCUACCUUGGGCCAUAA